CUUCCUAUCAUCCUCACCUUCUUCUUCCUCCUCCUCCUUCAUCUUCAUCAAUGGAGGAAAUCGAAAUUCCUCAGUAUUUCGUGUGUCCCAUUUCGCUUCAGAUCAUGAAGGACCCCGUGACAACAUUCACCGGCAUAACCUACGACAGAGAAAGCAUCGAACAAUGGCUGCUCAAGGCUAAAGAACACAAGUGCCCUGUCACGAAGCAGCCAUUGCCCAGAGGCUCCGAUCUCACUCCCAAUCACACCCUCCGCCGUCUCAUCCAGGCUUGGUGCUCGGAGAACGCCGCCCACGGCGUCGAUCGCAUCCCUACCCCUAAAUCCCCUCCCACCAAGACCCUCCUCCAGAAACUGGUGAGAAAUCUCGGGCUUCCCCAUCUGUACCAAUCCGCAUUGGAGAGAUUGCAUACUCUGGCUACAGAAAACCAGAGGAACCUCAAGUGCAUGGCAGAAUCAGGUGUGGCCGAGUCCAUGAUUCAUCUAAUUACGAAAAAGUCCAAGGAGUUAGGUAACAACACUAAUUCCCUCGAACAAUCCCUGCGAAUUCUAGGCUUGCUCUCGUCUUGGGACAACAUCAAGCCUCUGGUCGUCCAGAACAUCGACUUCAUCAAAUCGUUGACUUGGAUUCUACAGCUCCACGAGGAUACCAACGUCAAUUUGAUAAACGAAGCAAUGCCAGUGUUAAAAUCCACGAUCGAACUCGCAGAUUCAACCCAUUUAGGAAGUUUGAAACCCGAGUUCUUCAGUGAAAUCACAAGGGUACUCAGAAACAGAUCGAUCUCCCAACAAGCCAUGAAAUCCGCCUUGCAUAUUCUCAUCGAAACAUGUCCUUUAGGUAGAAACAGAACGAGGAUAGUGGAAGUAGGAGCAGUAAUUGAAUUGAUCGAGCUUGAGCUAGAGAAACCUGAGAAGAACAUAACGGAGCUUAUAUUUAACCUCCUUGCGCAGCUAUGUUCUUGUGCGGAUGGGAGGGAACAAUUCUUGUCACACGCGGCGGGGAUUGCGGUGGUGUCUAAGAGGAUUCUGAGGGUUUCUCCUGCGACGGAUGAUAGGGCGGUUCAUGUGCUGUGGUUGAUGGCGAGGUACUCGGGGUCAAAGGAUGUCGUAUUGGAGAUGUUGAGGGUGGGAGCUGUAUCAAAGCUUUGCAUGGUGAUUCAGGCCGACUGUGAUCCGAGUGUGAAAGAGAAAGCAAGAUCGAUACUGAGGUUGCAUUCCAAGCUUGGAAUAAUUCGCCUUGUAUUCAAGUUUAUCUGUUAACCAGGCACCAAAGGUGAUGAUUAACACGCAAAACUUGCUAGCUACCAGAAUCCAGAUCAUCUUGUUCCUUUUCUUCUUUAUGGUGAUAAUUAAUUAGUAUUGAUGAACUAUAUAUAUA